AUGUGUCGCCCCAAUCCUGCAGUCUACUUCCUCGUGAUGGUGAUCAACUGCCAUGGCUAUGUACAUGUAGAGAAAGCGGCGAUUAAAAGUUAUAAUUAUAUGAAUCAGAUAAACAAGAUAUAUUAUUAUCAAUCUUCUUUGGUCGAUCUCGAAGAGUUGCAAGAUUCAUUUUCUUACUUGAGAACUAUACUUGGAGAUCUCGAGAAAAAGGUCGAUCAGGGCAUGUUACAAAUUCGAGAACAACAAGAUGAACAUGGCUGGGAAAUCAACCGCCAUUCCAAUCUUGUGACACACGCGCUCAAAGAUUUUCAUAUGCUUGAGGACAAGGUUGAAGAUUUAGAAGUUGACCAGAUUAAUUUACAACACCAACUGGACUGUGCUCAUACUCGUCUCAUGGGACACAAGAGAGUUCUUAAGAAAUUUAUUGAAGGAUCUGGAAGCAUCGACCUUCAGGCUGAAAUUGAUUCUGACCCUGACUUAUAUGAUUACAAACAACCCCGCACUGAUCAGAACACUUCCUCCGAAUGA